AUGAGCAGAGAGGAACAUCCACACACGUCCAGGUCGGGCUCUGGUCCGUUUGAUGCUCUGCUCAGAGACGAGGCUCUGCUGCACCCCCUGCUGGACUUUGCUCGAGACGCCGCCUGUUUACGAGGAAUUCUGCUGAAACCUCCAGACGCCGCCAAACCUGUGACCCACAUGCCCUUCACCCUGGUGCCCACCCCGGUGUCCAGGGCUUUGUACCUUCAGGCGCUGCAGGUCCAGACGUUCUUCAACACGUUGGUGGAUCGGGUCAGUCAGGACCAGGAGUUCCUGGAGGAGGCUCUGUCCAGCACCGUAGAAGUGGACGACUUCACCGCACGACUGUUCCACAUCUACAAACAGAUCCAGAGAGAAGGACGAGCCCCGUCCAUUGUCUUGGGUCUGACUCGUUGUGACUACAUGUUAGAUCGGGGCUCGUCUCUGAAGCAGGUGGAGAUCAACACGUUUGCUGCGGGGAUGGGAGAAUUUACUGAACCUCUGGUGGAAGUUUACAGAGAUGUUCUGAGAUUCGCCGGACGCCCAAAGCAGAGUGAGCAGCUUCAACACGAGCUCCCUUCCACUGGACACGCCGCCGCCGCCGCCGUCGCCAAGGCCUGGGAGCUCUACGGGUCACACAGAGCUGUGGUGCUGCUGGUCGUCUUACCCUCUGACUUCUACCGAUUUGGCCAACGCUGCCUGGAGGUGGAGCUGCCGAAAUGGAACAUCUCGGUGAUGCGUCGUUCUCUGGACGAGGUCUCUGCCUCGGUGUUCCUGGACAAAGAUGACAGACUGUUUGUAGAAGGACGAGAGAUCGCAGUGGUUUAUUUCCGUUACGGCUACGCCCCCGAGCACUACACCGAACAGCUGUGGGACGUGCGUCUCCUGCUGGAGCAGUCUCGUGCGGUGAAGUGUCCAGACGUGGGGACACAUUUGGCCGGGACAAAGAAGGUGCAGCAGGUUCUGAGCGAGGCCGGAGUCCUGGAGAGGUUCUUCCCACAGCACCAACGUGUGGUGGAGCAGAUCAGAGCCACGUUCACCGGACUCUACUCCCUCGACCCGGGUGCAGAGGGAGAUCGGGUCAUGGAUUUGGCUUUAGCAGCUCCAGAAAGAUUUGUCCUGAAACCUCAGAGAGAAGGAGGAGGAAACAACUUCUUUGGGUCAGAUAUCCGUCGUGUUCUGAGCGCGGCCGGAGGAAAAGACCGGAGGGCUUUUAUUCUCAUGGACAAGAUCCAGGCCACGUCCACCCCCAACAUCCUGGUGUCAGGAGAGCACCCCCCUGUGGUCACGGAGUGCACGUGCGAGCUGGGCGUGGCAGGAGCCUACGUCAGACGGGGCUCCGAGAUUCUGUCCAAUCAGGUGGUCGGCGUCCUGCUCAGAUCUAAGAUGGCGGCGGCGGCAGAGGGUGGAGUCUCCUCAGGGGGAGGAGCCAUCAGCGCCCCCUUCCUCCUCUGA